GUGGAUGCAGCUCAUGGCCGCCCUGCGCGAGGUCGUGGGCGCGACGCGCCUGUGCCACGGCGCGGAGCGCUGCAGGCGGCUGCUGCAGGAGGAGCCCACGGUGAGGCUGCCCCCGCUGGUGUCCAUUGGCGGCCCGCAGCACGCGCUGCCCGGGGCGGUGGACCAGACCCCUCGCCUGGAGAAG